AAGAUAACCAUUAGUCGCCCUAAACCACUACGGGAAUCGGGCGUCUAUUAGCAUAAAUUAUAAGUUAACUAUAAUAAAUAAAAUCAUAAUUUUAAUCUUAGAAAAUAAGUGCUUCAAAUAUAAAUUCCAAAAAUAAAAAUAUCAGUGCCGCAUUUUAAAAUUCAAAAUUCAAAUUUAAUUCUUUAUAAAAGUGAUUCGAUAUUCGAAAAGUAUUUGAAGAAAAAGUGCGUUGGAAUUUUAUUUUAUAAAUAUAAAAAUGGAAAAAAUGGAAGAGAUUUUAUGGAAGGAUAGUAAUAUAUUUUAUAACAUUUUAUGUUUUUUAAUUACUGAAAACGAGAAGUUAUUUGAUCGUAGUGAUUCUAAAUUGUAUUGGUUAACGGUUUAUCAUUUGUUCGGGGUUUUGCAUAAUGCUUAUAUUUCUAUUUUUGCGGCUGGCUUAGAUAUUAGAAGCAGCGAUAUUGUUGAAAUCGACAAUUUGUAUAGAUAUAGGGCUGGAUAUCUCACUGGAUGGAAUUUUCUGUUCCAAACUAUCUUCCUGACCAUGUCUCUGGUGUACGACCUGAUGGAGUGGUUCGACCGCCACGAGACAGGCCUGGGGAGGAAGCUGAGGUUCUGUCGAGAUGUCAUGUUCUCGGGGCUUGUGGUGCCGCUGACGCUGUUCAUCUCCACAAUGUUCUGGACACUAUUCUGGAUCGACCGGGAGCUGGUCUUCCCAGUAGUCUACGACCAGCUAGUGCCGUGGUGGUUCAACCAUUGCGUGCACACAAACAUAGCUAUCGUGAUACUCAUAGAAACGGUACUGCAAGCUAGAAGACAUCCCACGCAUUAUAAACUGGAGUUGUGGCUGACUGGUGGCGCUGGAGUGCUUUAUGCUAUUGUGUACUACUCAAUCUUCUUCUUCGCACACCGCUGGUUGUACGCAGUCUUCGGCAUCAUGACCUGGUGGCAAGUCUGUCUUUACCAGAUCCUCAUCUGGACAUCCACCUUUGUCUUCUACUACAUCCAGUUCCCGAUCAACAGGAUCUUCCAUCGAGAAGAAGUAGAAGACCAGAAGCAAGUAAUCCAGGAACAAAAAUCUGGAAUCCAAAAUGGCGGAUUCACGGAACAAACUAAUGAUAGUGUCUUAAAACAUAGGUCGAAGAAUCAAAUUGAAAGUUCGAGUUUCUGAUUGGUUUUGGUGGUGUUUUGGGUUUAUAUUACGAAGAUGGUUGAAUGCCCACCUUUAGUUUUUUAGAACCGGUUUUGGAACAGUGUUGGGCAAGUUGAUAAGACAAGAAUUUCACAUAUCACAAGACAAGUUUCUCGUAUAAAGAACAUAUUUUAGCGAGAUUUUGUCUCGAGUCCACAGCUAGCAUGUGUUCGCGCGGCGCGGCGGUUGCAGUGUCGCGGACAUGUUAGUAAUGUUCGCGCGCAAUGUGUUACUGUUUGCUACAGCGAGUACACCACGAGAUACAUUUGUUGAAUCUCGCAAUAUUGAACCUGUCUUGCUCAUUUUUGUGUGUUUCUCCAGAUCAUGAAAUCCAGGUUUUUCUAGAGAAUAUUUAUCAUAUAACAGGGUAGUAUAGCUUAGAUUUUAACAAUGACAUUGAAUAAGUCACAAUCAUGAUUCAAACCUGCUAUAUGAUGAAUGAAAGCGGGUAUUCUAACCACUGGGCUACGUAAUAAAAUUUGCCUUUUUAUUGCCCUUAUAUGGCUGUGAUUUCUUCAACAAAAAUUAAGCCCUAAUAGCCUAAGAAAUAGUGAUAUUUUUUGACAAUAUAUCAUUCGACUUUUGUGGAAAUAAAAUGUUAUAAAUAUAUUAUUUUUAGAUCCAGAUUAUGAUAAUGUCUGGUUUUAAAUAGGUUACCCAUUUUAAUAGAAAAAUUGUCUUAGUUAUUAUUGAAAUAAGUUAGUUUAUAAUGUUAAGUGAAAUGCAAUAUUAUUUUUAUUUUCUGAAUGUGUGAACUUAAAAUCAUUUUUAAUCCAUAAUUCCAGUAAUGUUUUUUUUUUAUCAAAAUUAAUAUUCAAUAGCAAAGCGGGUUCAUAGUUCUUACGGUCGUUCUCAAUAUUCUAUCGAUAUGUUUUUACUUAUUAGAAAUAGGAAUUUGACACUAAAUUACAUACUUGUAUGUGACUUAUGUCAAAAUUCUGUCUCUAGGAGCAAAACAAAAGAAAGGAUAAUGGAAACGGUUCUCAGUAAGUUGACAAUAAAUGUGAUUUCUUUUGUUUCAUUCAAAAUGGUCGACAAGCUUGCCAUACAGUUUUACCUGAAUAAGAAUUUAAUAAUAUGUUCUAGAAUAGACAUAAGUAUAGAAAACUGGAUAUUUUGUGAGACGAUUUUUAUCUUUAAUAGAUUUGGCUUUGCAAUUAAAAUUAUUUAAAAAAGUUAAUUAAUUAUUGGUCCAGGAAAUACAAUGAAAUGGAAACUGGUAAAUGAAAAUACACUUUUAACUAUUAAAAUGGUUUUUCGAAAUGUUCAGUUAAUAUUUUACAAUGUACGAUUUGUUAUUAAGUUAAAAUAUAGAACAAUUUUAAUUUUA